CUAUCGAAUAACAGAACCAACUUGCCUCUUAUCUUCUUCUUCCUCUCCUCUGUUCGUUCUUCCUUCUCCCUAUCAUUCUGCUUCCAAUCUUUCCCUCUUCUUCUCUAAAUCUCACUUUCUUCUUCUCUAAUUCAAUCUCAAUCGCCGGGACAGAUCCAGGAUCAUUACAAAUUGGUAUCAGAGCCUCUUCUCGGCACUGACGACGGGUAUGUUUUCCAUGGAAGAACGGUUCGUCGGUGGGGUUCCUCGGCAAACGAAUUGGGCGGAUUGUGACGCUCGAAUGGAGGAGCUAAGCCGCCAGAACAAAACAAUCUUGGCGCACUUGACAGCAUUCUGCCACCGGAGUGAGGCUGCAGAGCAGCGACGAACGAGAGUUGAUGUCCACCUACAGCGCGUUCCACCUGUUCGACAAAUUGCUGAGCCGGAAUUUGCCUCAGGUAUUCCUCUCUUCUAUGGUAAUAAUUCACGGGAAUGGGUAAGGAAGUGUGCAAGGGUGUUCGCGAAGUAUGGCAUUCCGGAGGAACAUCGAGUUAUGAUGGCGGCAAGUUACUUUGACCACCGUCCAGCGAUAUGGUUUGAGGGGUUGAAAUCUUGCCGUAAGGAGCUGGUUUGGGGAGAGUUUGCAAUUUCCCUGUGUAGUAGGUUUAGUGAUUGGGAGUCAGGUGGAAUUGUGGGUGAGUUCAAGAGGUUGCGACAAAGGGGAUCUUUAAUUGAAUAUCAUGAAAACUUUGAGGACUUGAAGUCGCAUAUGUUACGAUAUAACCCAGCAUUAACAGAAGAGUUUUUCAUCUCCAGUUUCAUCAGUGGGUUGCAGGAGGAAUUGAGACCCAUAGUUAAAAUGUUGCAGCCCCAAACAUUAGCUCAAGCUUAUCAUCAAGCUCAAUUCGAAAUGUGUUUGAGGAGUCUCGAUGGAGAUGUAUCGACUGCCCUUAUUCUGGUCUUAGAAGAGAAUGCUGAGAAUGCUAUCUUAGUUGUGGCAACGGGAAGUAGUAGUACAUUUAGUGGGAAGAUCAUCUGUGCUGGUGCGGUGAAGCAUAUCAAUACCAACUUAAUGGCUGCGACAGCCAAUGGCAAUGACUUUGAAGAGAAUGGUAGCGAGCAUAAUGAGUUGUUGGAUCUCAGUGAAGAAGGUCUAUGUCUCGCUGAAAGCUUAAGUAAUGAAGCAGAUGUUGAUGAGGAUGAGGACAGACAGGGAAAAUAUUCUGAAUCUGAUAAAGAAGCCAAACCAUUUUCUCUUCCGAGUGUGAUGGGUGUAGAGAGAAAUAUAUCGAUUCACCCUGUUUCAGCCCAAGAGAGGAAUACUGCGAACGGUGACUUAGUUGUUGAUACUAGAAUUAUUACGACCAGCAGCGAGGGCACUUUACUGCAAGUCAAAGCAGGGUUAGGAGAGUCUUCUUGCAUUCCAUCAACAGUUUCUCUUCCUACUGCUGGUCAGCCCGAGCACCACUGUGAUCUUGAGAAUGGUUUGGAACUGGACACCAAGGAAGGAACAAUAGUAACUGAGUUUGCUGGGCUGGAUAAAAUUGUUAUUGAUGAUGCUGAGUAUAAUAAAAGGAAGAUGGUUAAGAUCAUAGUUAACCAUGAGCUGCAACUUCAGCUGGACUUUCCAGUACAUGUAGAUCUCAACACCGAUUCGGUGCAGCCAUCCCUAAAGCAAUGCAAACUGCGAGAGCUAGUGUACGAGCAGUCAGUGAAGCCAACACAGUAUGUUAGGACCUCUUUUCCUACUCCGGCCAUGGUUAUUUCGAGUGAAAUGAUUGGUAUUAUUGAACCUCAGGCUGUUGAUGUGGUGGAGGAUUCAGCCUUGAGUGGUGUUCCACCUAGAGUGGUGAAGAGUCGGUUGUGUUUUCAGCAACACCAAUUAGUUCAUGGAAUCAUAAUGGGAUUUUGGUUACUGGUGAAGGAGAUUGUGUUUUACCAAAAGUUCAAUGGUAUUGGUGGCCUAGAGUGAAACUGGAAAGAAGGGUUGUUUGCUUCAACUUCAAGGAACCAUACAAGGAUGAUUUGGCAAGGGAAGUUGGAGGAAGGAAGAUACCCACAGUAGGGGUGGGCUGACCCAACAUGUCUUCAACUCCAAGUCUCAAGCCUUUAGAAGCAUACUGCUGCUACCUGCAAGUGCCCUGUUGCUGCAACUCAUUUUGUUUUGUUUUCCUUACCUUGUUUAGCUCAUUUCCUUGUUAUUUUAGUGCUGGAUUUGGUUUUCAGACUUGAGGACAAGUCUGUCCUCAAGAGGUCGGGAUUGUAAUGAAUGAGGGUUUAGUUG